AUGGAAGGGAACACAAGAGUCUUUGUGUCAGGCUUGCCGCCUACUUUCUCAAAUGAUGAUCUUCGAAAACAUUUCUCGAUCCGUUACCAGGUUACUGACGCUCAUGUCAUUCCGAAACGAAGGAUUGGCUUUGUUGGCUUCAAAACCCCUUCUCUGGCACAGGAUGCUGUCAAUUACUUUAACAAGUCAUAUAUAAGGAUGUCGAAAAUAGCAGUGGAGAUGGCUCGGCCAAUCGAUGCUGAGCCCCCUACAGUUGGGAAGUCGCAUUCAAAACAUGGCACAUCUGCCAACUCCACAUCUCUCAAGCGCAAACAUGACCAAGUAGAACAGAAACAGGAUCCUAAGCUGCAGGAAUAUAUUGCGGCUAUGCAACCGCCAAUGAAGUCAAAGACAUGGGCUGAUGAUAGCAUAAUGGCUGAUACUAACGCGGUGCCAGCUAAUAAUGCUACAAUUAUUCCGUCUAUCAAUGCUGAAAAAUCUGAAGCGCAAAACAAGCGGUUGAAAUUUGAUCAUCACUUUCUUGUUAAGAAGAAGCAGAUGGAGCGGCCAAAUCAUAUCCCUGAGGAUAGUUUUACCACUCCAAGGCCUAGAUCCGUGGAGUCUGAAAAUGACCCACAGGUCGAAUCCGUCGUAGAAGCGCCGAAGUCCGAUAUGGACUGGUUACGAUCAAGAACGAGUCGACUUCUUGGCCUGGUUGAAGAAGAAGACGAUGACGAGGGUUCCGCCGUAACUCCCCGAGUACGAGAAAUUGAAGCAAGCGAUGACAGUGAUCACGAGAUCGUCAUGGGAAGAAAUUGCCCAGAGUCUACGUUACCCAGACAUAACGAACCUCCCAAUCCAUCCGAUGACAAAGAAUCCUUUGACGCAAAUAUAGGUCUACUUCGUGAGACCGGUCGAUUGUUCGUCCGGAAUCUCCCCUAUAACGCCAGUGAAAGUGAUUUGGAACCUCUAUUCGUUUCUUUUGGAAAGAUUGAUGAGGCAAUUUUCAUUCAUGUUGCUUUUGAUACACGACAGUCUAAAAGCAAAGGUUUUGCAUACAUACAAUAUGUAGACCCCGAGGCGGCCAUUCAGGCUUACCGAGUCCUUGACGGGAAGGAUUUCGAAGGUCGUCUCCUGCACAUCUUACCGGCCUCGCCAAAGAAAACGCACAAGCUAGAUGAAUAUGAGCUUUCAAAGCUCCCUCUAAAGAAACAGCAGCAGAUUAAACGAAAACAAGAAGCUUCAUCUUCAAGCUUCAAUUGGAACUCUCUUUAUAUGAAUGCUGAUGCAGUUAUGUCAUCAGUAUCUGAACGGCUAGGGGUUUCCAAAUCUGAACUGCUUGACCCCACGUCUUCUGAUGCCGCAGUCAAGCAAGCCCAUGCUGAAACGCAUGUCAUUCAAGAAACAAAGGCAUAUUUCUCAUCGAAUGGGGUGAAUCUGGAUUCGUUCAGGCAGCGAGAACAAGGUAACACUGCGAUUCUUGUUAAAAACUUUUCCUUUUGCGUAAAAGCCGAAGAUCUAAGGAAGCUGUUCGAAUCGUUUGGGGAAAUUAAAAGGCUCCUUAUGCCACCGAGCGGCACGAUAGCCAUUGUUGAAUUCGCCCUGGCGGAUGAGUGCCAGAAGGCCUUUAAGGGGCUUGCGUAUCGGAAACUAGGUGAUUCGAUACUGUUUUUGGAAAGAGCACCAAAAGACUUGUUUGAUGAGAAGGCGAUCGCAGUCAACGCUGUACUCUCUGCUCCAAAAGUGGUCUCGCAAACAUUCUCGACAUCUGACACUUUCAAGGCGAGUGAAGCGGACGAAAACGAGACUCUGUUGGAGACAUCGACUCUGUUCGUUCGAAAUCUUAACUUUUCUACCACAAAUGUUCGCCUGGCAGAGGUAUUCCAACCCUUGGACGGGUUCUUGUCUGCUAGGGUGAAAACCAAACCCAAUCCAAAGCGGCCAGGGGAAACACUUAGCAUGGGCUUCGGGUUCGUGGAGUUCAGAACCAGUGCUCAGGCACGCGCUGCCCUUGCAACGAUGAACGGUUAUAAACUGGAUCAACAUGAGCUCGUCAUCAAGACCUCGCACAAAGCCACGGAUGCGGCUGAAGAGAGAAGGCGCGAGGACAAUGCUAAGAAACUAGCUAUGCGCGGAACCAAAAUCCUCAUAAAAAAUUUACCGUUCCAAGCUACAAAAAAGGAUAUCAGGAACCUUUUUGGUGCAUAUGGCAAACUCCGCUCAGUUCGUGUGCCGCAGAAAUUCGACCGCACGGCUCGUGGAUUUGCGUUCGCUGAUUUUGUAAGUGCCCGGGAGGCGGAGAAUGCCAUGGAGGCGCUGAAACAUACCCAUCUUCUUGGUAGGCGUCUUGUGUUGGAGUUUGCGUCAGAGGACGCUAUUGAUCCCGAGAAGGAGAUUCGGAAUAUCGAAAAGAAGAUGGAUGUUCAGGUCAAUCUGGUGAAACUUAAGAAUCUCACUGGGUCUGGGAGGAAGAAAUUUAAUCUUGAUGCACCUGGUGAUGAGGAUAAAUGA